UGUCUUAAGGAUCCAUUUGUCUCAGUCAGAGCUACAGCUCAGUUCGGUUCGGACGGGAUUCAUCCACUCAUCCACACGUCUGUCCCUCCAGCUGCGUGCCUUCCUCCAUCCAUGAUCGCGUCUUCAUCUCAGAAGGUCAUUUUUUUAAAUCCACGGACCUUCAACUUUUUCCUUCCCUUUGCUGUCCACCGAGUCACGUCUCAGGGAUUAUUUCUCUAGUCUGCGGUCUCCGAGACUCCCCAAGCCAAGUCUGACACCAAAUCUCUGUUCUGCAUAAAGACCAGUCCGGUGUUUGAACUGAAGCCUUGUUGAUGAACAGCUAAAGAUGCUGUUUCUGGCUGUACAGAGACGAUGGUCGGCUGAACUCUGAGCUCACUGAUUGGCUCACUGAGCUUCACUGGUUGCUGCUGCUGUCAUGGCCAAAAGCCCGGAGGUCAAGCUGGCUGUCUUUGGCAAAGCAGGCGUGGGAAAGUCAGCUUUGGUGGUAAGGUUCCUGACAAGACGCUUCAUCUGGGAGUACGACCCGACACUGGAAUCCACGUAUCGCCAUCAAGCCAACAUUGAUGAUGAAGUUGUCACCAUGGAGAUUCUGGACACUGCAGGACAGGAAGACAUCCAGCAGAAGGAAGGUCACAUGCGAUGGGGUGACGGCUUCGUCAUAGUCUAUGACAUCACAGACAGGGGGAGCUUUGAGGAGGUAGCCCCUCUUCGAAGCCUUGUAGAGGAUGUCAAGAAGCCGAAGAACGUUCCUUUAGUUCUGGUGGGCAAUAAGUGUGACCUGGACCAUGUCCGUCAGGUUUCCACAGAGGAAGGAGAGCGGCUGGCCGCAGAGAUGGCCUGUGCCUUCUACGAGUGUUCAGCCUGUGCUGAUGAAGGGGGCGUCGUCGCUGAAGCCUUCCAUGAGCUAUGCAGGGAGGUGAGACGACGCAAAGCCGUCCAGGGCAAGGCCAGACGCCGCAGCUCCACGACCCACGUCAAACAGGCCAUCAACAAGAUGCUGACCAAGAUCAGCAGCUAGGGCAGAGACAUCCAUAUUACUGUCUGGUGUUUAAGAUCCAAACGUGCACGUUUCUCAUGGAAAAGGUUGGGACAAUUAAUAGCUUUAAAACAUGAGGUGUGGCUGGUUUGUUGUGGAGUAGUUCUUUGUUGUUCUGUAAUAAUUUUAUCUUGAACAAGCCCCAAGUGCAAUGUUGCUCCUCGUUGGAAGAGGUCAAAGAACUGAGCAGGAUUAUUAAUACAUUUAAUAUAAACCUUUAAACUAAUUGGCAUCUCGGAGAUUCUGGUCAAGUUCAGGUUUCUUUUACCGUUUCACAUCACUCGCAUUCACCUAUUUGUCCAAAGAUGAUGCAUGAAUAAUGUCAGAUGUAAUUCACAGAAAAUCUAAUAAUAUUGAUAAUAGACAACAAAAUUUAAGGUUCCCUCUUAUUAACUUCUCACACCCACAUUAGAUCCAACAAAGGAGGUCUAUCAUUGGAUGAGGGUGGUGCUAAUGUAGGGCUGGGCGUGCAGUUCAUCACAAUAAUGAUAAAUGGAUGAUAACUACAGGCUGCACAGGGGUGCAGUGGUUAGUACUUUUGCCUUGCAGCAAGCAGGUCCUGAGUUCGUAUGCCAGCCUGGGGUCUCUCUGCAAGCAGUUUGCAUGUUCUCCCUGUGCAUACUUGGGCUCUCACCGGGUGCUCCGGCUUCCUCCCACAGUCCAGAAACAUUACUGCCAGGUUAACUGUUCUCUCAAAAUUGUCCUAAGAUGUGCAUGUGUGCUUGGUUGUUUGUCCUGCGUGUCUUUGUGUUGCCCUGCGAUGGGCAACCUGUCCAGGUUGUACCCCGCCCGCAUGCCCGAAGCAAGGUAGGUAGGUUUUAACUGUUGCAAAUCUGCAAUGCCUGCCUCCAGAGGGUUAAAACACUGAACAAAUCGACGUUAGCAAAAUUGCUAAAUUUGUGGUUUAUCACCCUCCUCUUACCUUAUGUGCAUUACUCAUGUCAAUCCUUGGCAAACCCCCCAGUUUCAUCAUCUAUUCUUCAAGAAGACCUUGUGAUGAAGUAAUUUUUUUGAUAGGACCUGUUCUUUAUUGGUGUGUCAAUCUUUCUUUGUUUGAGAGAAACCAGCAAAGGAGCUUAUGAGUGGUUGUAGUUACUGCAGGCUCUGAACAGACAACAUCGCAUUCUGGAGAUUUUCUGCAUGGCAGCAUCUCACACUGCUGCAGUGUAGGCGCCUUGAGCUGAAGAUGUUGAAAUGUAUAAGCUGUCUGAUAAAAACAUCUAUAAUUAAAAUAUGAUGUAUUCUACCAGUUA